UCUGUAGCAGCGGCUGGGCAGGACGAUCAGAGGGGAGAGCAGUGCAGCAGCAGCAGCAGCAGCAGCAGCAGCAGCGGCGGGUGGGAGGCUGGUAGGAUGUUGCGACUGAGCUGCCGAUUAGGCUGAUCAGAGCCGGAGCUACGAUGCAGUGACAGUCUACAGGAAGACACAGACACACACGCACACACUGAGCGAGGGAGUGGAGGGGAGGGAGAGUAACAUACGUAUGCACACGAGAAAUGAUCCGCUCCUAGACUAUGGCACCGUCGGGCUCGCGUAGUAUCAAGCGGGGCUGUCAGAGAGUUUUGUACUGGAUCCCGGUCCUGUUCAUCGCCCUCAUAGUGGCCUGGUCAUACUACGCCUAUGUUUUACAGCUUUGCAUAGAGUCCAUCGAAGACACGGGACAAAAGGUCGUGUACUUGCUGGUGUACCAUGCCAUUUUCAUCAUGUUUGUGUGGGCGUACUGGCAAACCAUCUUCACCAAGCCCAUGAACCCCCUGAAGGAGUUCCACCUGUCCUACUCUGACAAGGAGCUGCUGGAGCGUGAAGAUCGGGGAGAGUCUCAGCAGGAGAUCCUGAGGAGGAUAGCCAAGGAUCUGCCCAUCUACACGCGCACCAACUCUGGAGCAAUCCGUUUCUGUGACCGCUGCCAGCUGCUGAAGCCUGAUCGAUGUCACCAUUGUUCAGUUUGUGAUAAAUGCAUCCUGAAGAUGGAUCACCACUGCCCCUGGGUGAACAACUGUGUGGGAUUCUCCAACUACAAGUAUUUCAUGCUGUUCCUGGCAUAUUCGCUACUUUACUGCCUUUUUAUAACUGCGACAGAUCUUCAAUACUUCAUUAAAUUUUGGACGGCCGGAGGUAGAGCACAUUUCCGUCUGAGAGAAUACCUGAACGGCCUCCCAGACACUCAGGCGAAGUUCCACAUCCUGUUCCUCUUCUUUUCGGCCUCCAUGUUCUCCGUCAGCCUCGCCUCUCUUUUCACCUAUCACUGCUGGCUCGUCUGCAAGAACAGAUCCACUCUCGAGGCUGUACGCGCCCCGGUCUUUCGUCACGGCACAGACAAGAACGGUUUCAGUCUGGGCGUCAGUAAGAACUUCCGCCAGGUCUUCGGUGAUGAAGUGAAAUACUGGCCUGUUCCCAUUUUCUCCAGCUUAGGUGAAGGUUGCUCGUUCCCAUCCUGUCUGGUGAAUCUGGACCCUGAGCAGCCCUCCUCACCCACUGGCUCCAACCCUGCCAACAAGGGUGCAGCAGAGGGCCGCCAGUUCCCCUCCAAGCCUCUGAGAGAGAGUCAGAGCCGGCUGCUCACCAGCACCCCCUCCUGGACAGAGAGUGACAAUGCAGCAGACAAAGACAAGAAAGGUGCCAGCAACCCAGGGAUGACCAUAGAAAAUGAGGCAUAACCAGAGUUGAAAGUUGGCACCUACUACCCAGAAAAGUCUCUGCUGCCCCCUCCGCAGUGUUUGUGCCUAUCAGAACGUGACGUGGUGGUGACCUGAUCGAUAUUCGUUGUUUUCCAUGUUGCGACCCUUCUUCUGAGAGGUUUACAUGACUGAUAUCACAUACAAACCAGAGAAAAAUCAAUAAUCACUAUCACCAGUAUCAUCCUUUUUGUGAUCACGAAACAUUAUCUGCUGCUACCUGACAGUAUUUGGGCUCCAGAACAAGUGGAUUAAAAUGAAAAUUGCAUUCCAACAAUCACAUUUUCUUUUGUUUCUAUAUGAAUAAGCACAGAGCAGCAGUGGGAGAGGGGAAGUUUUGCACUUUGUAUACUGGUAAAUCAAUCUGAGCUGCUGUCGUAUGUUACAGUUCAUGGCACAGAAACUCUCAGAAUGAUCUAUUUUAUGUUAUUUUCAUAGCUUAGCACAUUAGUAGAUGCUGUUAUGAGUUUGCCAAACAUUUGCACAUUAAGUAUAAAUUAGUGGUGGUGUUAAUGUGAUGUAAAUGACAUUCCUUUAGUCUUUUCUUUUUUUCUUCUUAGUGAAGUUUUUGUUGUUGGAGGGGGGUGGGGGGGGUGGAGGGGGCGAGGGCAGGUUUUCCACCCACCAUCUUGAGUGUUGUGGAUGAUGCAUGCUCUCAUCUCAGGAUGUCAACACAAACACACCUUGUUGUAGUGAACUGUACCACAAGAUGUCCUCCCCCUUUGCUUGAAAACAAACAAAAAAAAAAGUGUAGUCAUUAGUAAUUACAUUUUUGAAUAAGGGCUCUUCUGACUCGUUAUAGCAUGAGUGAGGAUGUUGCUGUCACACUAAAACACCUGGAAGCUGGUGCUGCUCUGUGCUGCAACAGCGUGUGCCCCCCCCCCCCACCCCCCUGCCAAAUAUCUAACCUGCUGUAUGGUAGCCUACAGUACACGUCAAACUGCCGGCCACAAAGCUUCCUGAGUGUUUGUCUCCGGAGGGCCGGCUCACUGGCCGCCAGCAAAAACAAGCCUCCGUGUGACGCUGCCGCAGAUCUGCUCCACCAUCAAAAAGCAGAUACUGUUGAGCUGUUGAGUGUUUUUAUAACUCACAACCUGAUGUUGUGGAUGUACUGCAGAGCAAAAAAAAAAGAAAGUCAAAUCUAUUUUCACCUUCUGAGGAUUCUGUCUGUUCUCGUCUCGGGCUGGAAAUUACUAAAAAAAAAAAAAAAAAACAUCACUGAAAAUUAAAGAAUGUAUGCUUGUUUCAAAAAAAGCUUCAUGGUGACAGUCAGUGUCAAUUUAUAUUUUUCUAUUCUUCUGUCUGUACGACUCAAGAGACAAUAUGGAUGUGUGAGGCAAUGUACUGUACAGUUGUGAUGCCUUAAAAGAAUAAAACGAGCUCAUCUUCA